AAAUCGAUUUUAUGAUAGUGUGGACGGACAUCGAAGUUAAUGGCCUCCGGGACGUAUCCCACAGUGCUCUAGUGGCCGCUCUACACAGGUAAAGGUACUCUUCUGCUGGCCAGGUAAACAGGAAAAGCCCCGGGAACUUUGAAAUUCCAUUUCCUGCUUGCACAGCGUGGAGCUCUCAGCAGCAGAGAGUAGAAUGCAGUCUCCUGAAAAUAGGAAAAGAGCUCCAGCAUGGAGCACACAGGAGUUACUCGAUCUGAUAGCUGUAUGGGGAGAAGAGUCAGUGCUUUCAGAACUGCGCUCGAGCAGACGAAAUGAGAAAACCUUUGAAAAAAUUUCUAAUGCCAUGCGGGAGAGGGGACAUACCAGGGACUCGUUACAGUGCCAAGUGAAAGUGAAAGAGCUCAGACAGGUGUAUCAGAAGACCAAAGCAGCAAAGGGCAGGUCAGGCUCUGCCCCCAAAACAUGCCGGUUCUACGACGAGCUUAACGUAAUAUUGGGGAACAGCGCAACGACGAACCCCUCCUUGUCUGUGGAUUCAGAGGUGGGCGUAGUGAUUCCUGCCACUACGGAAGAUUUAUUUGAUGGCGAUGAUCAGUAUGAUGAGGACCAAGAGGAGGAGGCUCCAGCAGAGAGCACAGAGCAUUUUAUCCCCCCAAACAGCCAGGAUCUUUUCCUCACCCUUACUGAGGUUCCCUGCCAGCCAUCUCAAGGCAGUACUCCAGAAAAUGAAGCUGAGGGACCGUCCUCUGCUGCACAUUUCUCCAGCCUCCUUCUCGCUUCUCCUCUACGCUCUCAUCCAUUCCGAGGAGAGUUUUAUAAAAAGAGCUUGCACUCACAGAAUGAGUCACUAGAUUUUUCUGAAAGCAGCAAGAGCUAUCUGGGAGAGAAAGAGAGAUCUAAUGCUGAACCUGGUUAUCACAAUGUUUAUGUUAUGAAAUAUGUUCAAUGUCUCCUGUGGACGAGGUAG